AUGUUUUCAGGCCUGGGGCUAGGGGCCCUGGGGGCAGCGGGCCCCCUGCGGGGCCGGGUGGAGGAGCUGAAGCGACCAUGGUGGCGGGAUAGCUCCCCCCUGGUGCUGCAGCACAGCGAGGCAGCCAGGCUGGCUGCUGAUGCCCUUCUGGAGCGGGGCGAGGCUGCCUACCUGCGGGUCAUCUCUGAGGAGCGUGAGCUGCCCUUCCUCAGUGCCCUGGACAUGGAGUACAUGAGCAGCCAUGGACGGGGAGGCCCGGAGCUCGGCGACAGCCAAGGACCAGAGGCCUCCGGGCCUGACCGGCUCAGCUUGCUCUCAGAAGUCACUUCAGGCACUUAUUUCCCCAUGGCUUCCGACGUAGACCCCCCAGACCUGGACCUGGGCUGGCCCGAGGUCCCCCAAGCCACAGGCUUCAGUCCCACCCAGGCAGUGGUCCACUUUCAACGGGAUAAAGCCAAGAACAUCAAGGACCUUCUGCGCUUCCUCUUCAGUCAGGCCCGCACGGUGGUGGCCGUGGUGAUGGACGUGUUCACCGACAUGGACCUGCUGUGUGACCUCAUGGAGGCCUCAGGCCGGCGUGGGGUCCCUGUCUACCUCCUUCUGUCACAGGAGCACCUGAGGCACUUCCUGGAGAUGUGCUACAAGAUGGAUCUCAACGGGGGCCACCUGCCGAACAUGAGGGUGCGGAGCACGUGCGGGGACACGUACUGCAGCAAGGCCGGUCGCCGCUUCACAGGGCAGGCUCUCGAGAAGUUCAUCCUCAUCGACUGCGAGCAGGUGGUGGCUGGCAACUACAGCUUCACCUGGCUCUGCAGCCAGGCGCACACCAGCAUGAUGCUGCAGCUGCGGGGCCGCAUCGUGGAAGACUUCGACCGCGAGUUCCGCUGUCUGUAUGCUGAAUCACGGCCCGUGGAGGGCUUCUGCGGCGGGGAGGACCCCCUAGUCCCCCCUGCGCCGUGCCCUCCGCCCGUGGCGCACCCCUUCGGACCUGGCAUCCCUAGCCCCACGUCGCCGUCCUCGUCGCCAUCCAGUACCAGCCUCAGCAGCAUCAAACGCUCCCCGCUCAUGGGCCGCUCCUCCUACCUGGCUCUCCCAGGAGGUGGCGGCUGCAGUGACGGGGGCCCUGGUUCCUCGGCUCGGGGUUCUGCUCGCCGAGAGGCCAGUGGCCAGCCCUCCCUGCAGCGACAGCUGUCCGACCCCCCAGGGCCCUACCGACCGAACCUGAGCAAACUAGGGGCAUCCCCCUGGUCACAAUCCUCCCCGGCCCUCAACCACAGUGGUGCCAGCCCCGUGAGCCUGGCUGUCGGGGCACCUCUGCUCCCUCGCCCUCGACCCCUCCUCCCCUUCUCCCGGGGUGUUCUGUCCCGGCUUCCCGAAAACGGAAUGCCAGGGAGCCAGGGCCCUAGCCCUCCUCGAAGCCGCUGGGUUCCUGGUCCAGCCCUGGAGACAGUGGAUGAGAAGAAGUGUGUCAGCCAAAGCCACAGCCAGCUUGAUCUCCUUGUGCCCUUUCCCAGAGCCCAAGAGGCAGGAAGCCCUGAGUCUGGGGUUUCCUCGAACCUGGGGAACAGGCCUGGUGAACAGGCCCCGGAGGAGAGGAGGGGGUGCCCCGUGCAGAGGUACAGUCAUCUGGACCUACUGCCCCAGGCCCAGGGUGCUGGGGUGGGUCCGGAAUCAGGUUCCUCCAGAGCUGGAGAGCAGAGCCCUGAGAAGAGGCUGUCCCCAAACCACAGCCACAGCCACCUGGAUCUUCUGGCACAGUACCCCAAGGUUACAGUCUCCAGAAUACCCCCUGAAGUCCACAACUCUUCUACCAGGGCUGGCAAGCAGGGCCCAGAUGAGCGCCGGCAGACGCUGGGCCAUAGCCAACUGGACCUAAUCACCAAGUUUGGCCCUUUCCGGGGCGAGGGCCCAGGGCCCAACACUCUCCCCAGGCCCAGUCCCUUGCACCAAGCUGGAGCAGGCUCCGCGGAGGAAAAGCGGAUGACACUGGGCCACAGCAAGCUGGACCUGAUCACCAAAUAUCACCAGUUACCGAGUGCCAGGCUAGGGCCUGAGCCCAGCAUCCCCAAGGGCCCCCCAGGGGGUCAUCACAAUGGCAGCAGUAACGGCCUGUAUGGGGACGAGAAGCGGUUGACCUUGGGCCACAGCAAGCUGGACCUCAUCACCAAGUACAACAAGUCCAAGUUCAAACUGCUCCGAAGUCGGUUUGAGUCCUAA